UACAUUAGAAAAACAUGGCGGUUGUUAUAAAGAUUGUAGUGUGUAUUCUCCUCUUCUGCGUUGCCUAUUUUGAUGUUGUGCAGCCAGCGCAUCAACAAAUUACAGGACGAUAUGAAUUAGGUAGCAUGGAAGCGGCAACUGUUGGUGCUCCAUGGCCAAUGCCACAAAAAUACGAUGUAAUGCAAACUUACAUGUUUAUAGAUAAGUCGAAUUUCGAGUUUCCAGUUAUCGCCAAAACAUGCGAUUUGCUCGAGGACGCUAUAGCAAGAUAUUAUCAGAUAAUCUUUGCAACGGAUCACGAGUCAAGAUCAAAGAGGAGUCUGUUAAACCGGGAGAGAUCUGGAGCAUCAGUAGUCAUGACAAAGACCAAGAUGGUUUCUUCCACGAAGGAUUCAAACAACCAUGGACAGCUGAAAAAUAUCAGUAUCAUACUCACUUACAAGUGUGAAGAGUAUCCCAGUAUGAACAUGGAUGAACAAUACGAGAUCAAGAUUGACAACUGGGACAACCCCGGCGAGGGACUGCUCACCAGCGACAGCAUCUGGGGAAUUCUGAGAGGCUUGGAGACGCUGUCACAUAUCAUACAUGAGGCAGAUGACGGUGCAGUGCGAGUGAACAGCACGUUUAUUGAUGACUUCCCUCGCUUCAGCCACCGUGGAGUCCUGCUCGACACAUCCAGACAUUACUUGCCCAAAAGCAUCCUACUCGAAAACCUGGAUGUAAUGGCAUAUAACAAGUUUAAUGUGUUCCACUGGCACAUCGUUGACUGGCAAUCGUUUCCCUACCAGAGCAGAGUGUUCCCCGAUCUGAGCAGGAAGGGAGCGUAUAACGAGUACACUCACAUCUACACACAAGAUGAUAUAGCAGAGAUUGUUGAGUAUGCACGAGUGAGAGGCAUUCGAGUACUGCCGGAGUUUGACACCCCCGGUCACACACUGUCGUGGGGCGCGGGCCGGCCGGGGCUGCUCACUCUGUGCUACGCGGACGGGCGCCCCGACGGCACACACGGACCCGUGAACCCCGUGCCGGCGUCGACGUACGACUUCAUGCGCCGCCUGCUCGCCGAGGUCGUCUCCGUCUUCCCCGACGCGUACGUCCACCUCGGCGGCGACGAGGUCAACUUCGGAUGCUGGAAGUCAAAUCCAGAAAUCAACAAAUUCAUGCAGAAAAUGGGAUUCGGUUCUAACUAUGCCAAGCUAGAAGAGUAUUACAUACAGAAGAUACUAAAGAUCAUGGAAACGCUGAACCACGGGUCCAUGGUCUGGCAAGAAGUGUUUGACAACAACGUGACUGUGGGAGGGGACACAAUUGUGCAUGUGUGGAAGGGUGGCUACCAGCGCGAGCUAGCCGCCGUCACAGCGGCCGGGCACGACGCCCUGCUGUCGUCCUGCUGGUACCUGGACGGCAUCUCCACAACGGCCGACUGGAAGACGUACUACGCUUGCGAUCCCCAACGCUUCAACGGUACGGAGCAGCAGAAGAAGCUGGUGAAGGGUGGAGAAGCGUGCCUGUGGGGCGAAUGGGUCGACGCCACUAACCUGCUUGCCCGACUCUGGCCACGGGCGUCUGCCGUUGCAGAGCGGCUGUGGAGCAACGAAGACGUGAACGACGUCAAGACGGCAGCAUCGCGCAUCGAGGAGCACCGCUGUCGCAUGGUCAGGAGAGGAGUACCGGCGCAGCCCGUCAACGGGCCGGGUUUCUGCAAGCACGAGUUUGCGCAAUGAUGACAAUGACACAACCGCAACCGGCAGGAGCCUCAAUCCCACAGGAACUCUGGCAAACAUUUUCAACGAAUUUUGCAGCGCAUGCUAAUGCGAGAUGCCAAACAUUUCAAUGAAUUUCUCGACGCACGCUGACGCGAAAGGCCAAACUUUUGGGUGAAUUUUACACUGCAUGUGAACGCGAGUGGCUAAGCUUUUGUAGAAUUUUGCGACGCACGCUAACGCGAGAUGCCAAGCUUGUGACAAAUUUUGCAAUGCAUGCUAACAUGAAGACCAAACCUUUUACAAAUUGCGCGAUAUAUGCUAUUAAACGUGAGAUGCUGAACAUUUGAUGAAUUCCAUAAAGCAUGCUAAGGGCAAAAAACCAAACUUUAAACAAUUUCAAGAUGCAUAGGUAUGUGAGAAACUGAACUAUUGACAAUUUCACACUUACUAGCACGAGAUACUAUACUUUUGACGAAAUGGACAAGGCACGCAUAUACGAAAAGCCAAACCGAAACUGUGGUCCGAAAUCGUUUGCAAAACCCCAGUGCCUUACUUCUAAGUAUUUGAGAAUCGCUCUACAUUCCAAUUCUGACGAUAGCUCUAACUAAGUAAAAUGAAAACACUGUUAAUCUGUGGAUCUGUAAUCUGUUGAAUCACUGGAACGUAUGUGCAGAAUUUUGACGGUAAUUAGAUGGUGCAAGUUCUUAUAUUUUCUGGUUGUUGUAUGAAAUCACAUUCCACCAUCGCUACACCACACCACAAAGCAAAAUAAUGGUCACAAUUUAGAUCUAGUACUAUAGCCCUCGUUGGCACUUCUACAUGGCCUUAUGUCAUAAUUUUGAUCAUAUAAGCAAGAUCAUUGCGUUAGAAUGUUACAAGGUGAAAGGGAACUACCAAUGUCUGUUUUCAGAAAGAACGCAGUAGAGAAGAGGCAUAAGCAAGAUAUUGGCAAAUUAGCUGUUAAAGGAAGUCGGCAUCAGGUAUAACUGUGGAUAUCGCGGAUUAAACUUUGCGUAUAGAAUAAGCUAGACUAUAUAUAGCAAUAAUCACAAGUGUUCUCUCCUACUACACGAGUUCAAUUGUUUAAAUGUCGGUAAUAAACUGUGAUAUAAAUAUGACGAAAUUGAAUGGAGCAUAUGUUGGUUGUAAAAUUAAAAAAUGAGCAAUGGCGUCUGCAGUGGUUUUUAAUUGAUUGAUUAUGCAAAUAUAAAAUAAUAUAUGAUAUAUAAUGAAAUAUGAAUGGGCAAUCAACAAUACGCGCUAUUAAAGUUCUACCAACACGAAGAUGUAAUUUGAAUCUGGUGCAAUGUGGUUUAACUUUAACCAUACAUGCAAUUAUUCCUACACCUUAUUGUUUUUUUCAAAUGUACCAGGUUUUAUACAGUGAUGAUUGCUCAUUACAUAUCUGAACAGAUUAAAAUUACUUCGGCGAGCCUUUACAUGUCGCGCACGUGGGACACACUGUGUUCCUUUAUAGUGUGCGAUAUGAUUAUCCCGUGAUGAAAACGAUAGUAAUUGAAUGUAUGUGCAUUUUGUGUGAUUGAUAUUAUAACACAAUCGUUAUGCA